ACAGGGUAACACUAGGCUACUGGAUGUAAACUAAAAUACCAGAUUAAACAAAGAAUCUUCAUGAAGCUUACUUGUGGUGGAUUUGACAAAAGGGAGCCCAUCCCUGUGUCAAAAGAGGAGAGAGCAACAUCGACGCUGCGCUACCCUGAUUUGGAGGGAGGAAUCGGCUGAGCCACCUCUCAUGGUGUCAUAACUCAACAGCGCGAGGUAAGUAACUGACGGGACACCGCACGGAAGGGACCAUCAUCGCAGUCAACUUUCCAGUCCCUGCAGCAAUAUCAUCACCACAAGGAAAACAUCUGUGAAGUCUUGGAAUAUACCGAUUUACGGUGGGACAAAUAUACUUUGAAAAACAUUUGCUUUGUGGACAUAACGCUUCGAGUUUUUUCGGAAAUAUGGAGGUGAAGUACUUUGCAUUUUGGAUCUUAUUUUCUGUGUGGCAAAUUAUUUGUAUAUGCGAGCCACUGGAGAAACAGGACAUGCAAGUGAUUGACCUGCUGGCACUCCAGGACCACAAGCAGACAGUGGCAGCGGUGGAGAAGGUGUCCGGAGCCAUGAGGACCCUCAGUGACAUCUAUGUGGCCUCUACCCUCCGUCUGCCACCCAAACUGGGUGGUGUGCUGCUGGGUUUCUACAACAAGCAGGACAACAAGAAGUUCUUGGAGAUUGCCAUCAUGGGCAAGAUCAACAAAGUCUUGGUGCGCUAUGUGAGGCAGGAUGGCAAGCUUCACACCGUCAAUCUCCAGAAUGCUAAUCUGGCUGAUGGAAGGACCCACUCCAUUAUUUUAAGGGUCGGGGGCCUUCGCCGAGAAAACCUGCACCUGGAGCUCUACGUAGACUGUCGACUGGCUGACUCAGGCCAACGCCUUCCCCAACUAGUGUCCCUGCCUUCUAAUCCAGAAUUAGUGGAUAUUCGCAAUGGCCACAAGGCCUAUGCAAGACUACAGGGUGCAGUGGAGUCUUUGAAAGUGGCACUAGGGGGCAGUGUGGCCAAAGCAGGAGCUCUCACAGACUGCCCCUUCCAAGGGGACUCCUCAUCCUACAACAUAGUAAAUGGAGAGAUGGGGUCUAUACUCGGUGACCACACAAAAGCUCUGAUUGGGCAGCUGAUUAUUUUUAAUCAAAUCCUGGGAGAACUGAGAGAGGACAUCAGGGAACAGGUGAAAGAAAUGUCUCUGAUCAGAAACACUAUUUUGGAAUGCCAAGUAUGUGGUUUCCAUGAACCCCGCUCGCGAUGCUCCCCGAACCCCUGCUUCAAAGGGGUGAGCUGCAUGGAGACUGUGGAGUACCCCGGGUACCGCUGUGGGCCCUGUCCAGAAGGCAUGCAUGGAAAUGGAACCCACUGCCAAGACAUUGAUGAGUGUUUCCUAGUUCAGCCUUGCUACUCCAGGGGCGCGUGCGUGAACACGGCUAAAGGCUUCACCUGUGAGCCCUGCCCCCCUGGCCUCUGGGGGCCACCCCUUAUGGGGGUUGGCGUGGAGUUCGCCAAAAGUCACAAACAGGAAUGUGUGGAUAUUGAUGAGUGUUUUGAGAUCAGCAACGCCUGUACACCCAACUCUGUUUGCACGAAUACUAUUGGCUCCUACAUGUGUGGAGGCUGUAAAGUUGGCUAUAUGGGUAACCAGACCGCAGGCUGCCACCCACGGAGGUCAUGUGCUGCCCUCAACUUCAACCCCUGCGACGUCAACGCCCACUGUGUCAUCGAGAGGAAUGGAGAGGUGUCCUGCGCGUGUAAUGUUGGCUGGGCUGGCAAUGGAAAUACUUGUGGAAAGGACACUGACAUUGAUGGGUACCCUGACCGCUCUCUGCCCUGCAUGGACAAUGACAAGCACUGUAAACAGGACAACUGUAUAUACACACCAAACUCAGGCCAAGAGGAUGCAGACAAUGACGGGAUCGGGGACCAGUGUGAUGAGGAUGCAGAUGGAGAUGGAAUCAAGAAUGUGGAGGACAACUGUCGGCUGGUAGCCAACAAAGACCAACAAAACUCAGACACAGAUUCCUUCGGUGAUGCUUGUGACAACUGCCCCAACGUCCCCAACAUCGAACAGAAGGACACAGAUGGCAACGGAGAAGGGGAUGCAUGUGACAAUGACAUUGAUGGCGAUGGCAUCCCUAAUGUACUAGACAACUGUCCAAAAGUGCCCAAUCCCAUGCAAACGGAUCGAGAUCGGGAUGGGGUGGGUGAUGCUUGUGACAGCUGUCCUGAAGUCAGUAACCCCAUGCAGACUGACAUUGACAAUGACCUGGUGGGCGAUGUGUGUGACACCAAUCAGGACAGUGAUGGAGAUGGCCAUCAGGACUCACGUGACAACUGUCCAGACAUCCCAAACAGCUCUCAGUUAGACUCGGACAACGACGGCCUCGGAGAUGACUGUGAUGACGAUGAUGAUAACGAUGGCAUUCCUGAUGUGGGUGGUCGCGGUCCAGAUAACUGUCGUCUAAUACCUAACCCCAACCAGAAAGACUCUGAUGGUAAUGGUAUUGGUGACGUGUGUGAAAAUGACUUUGACAACGACUCUGUGUUGGAUCUGGUGGACGUGUGCCCAGAAAGUGCUGAGGUCACACUGACAGACUUCAGAGCUUAUCAGACAGUCAUUCUUGACCCAGAAGGUGACGCUCAAAUUGACCCCAACUGGGUUGUGCUUAACCAGGGUAUGGAGAUUGUCCAGACUAUGAAUAGUGACCCCGGAUUGGCAGUGGGAUACACUGCUUUCAAUGGGGUGGAUUUUGAAGGCACAUUCCACGUCAACACAGUGACUGAUGACGACUAUGCAGGCUUCAUCUUUGGAUACCAGGACUCAUCUAGCUUCUAUGUGGUGAUGUGGAAACAGACUGAGCAGACGUAUUGGCAGUCUGUUCCAUUCAGGGCCAUGGCAGAGCCUGGACUGCAGCUCAAAGCAGUGAAAUCUCGCACCGGUCCUGGCGAAUACCUGAGAAAUGCUCUGUGGCACGCAGGUGACACUGAAGGGGAAGUGAAGUUGUUGUGGCAGGACCCACGAAACGUGGGCUGGAGCGACAAGACCUCCUACCGCUGGCACCUCAGCCACAGGCCCCAGGUGGGCUACAUCAGAGUGAGACUCUUUGAGGGGACGGAGAUGGUGGCCGAUUCAAAUGUGGUCGUUGACACCACUAUGCGAGGUGGUAGACUGGGAGUCUUCUGCUUCUCCCAAGAGAACAUCAUUUGGUCGAACCUGCGUUAUCGCUGUAAUGACACUAUUCCAGAAGAUUUCAACCGUCACCGCGAAAGCUCCAUGACGCACAUUCAUGUGUGAGGAUAGGGCUAGUGAUGGUCUGCCAGUGUGUGAGGCAGUAAGAUGGCCCCCAGGUCCAGCACCGACACCAGCACACAUGGUCUGCACAGCAUCAACAGGGCCUGUAUACCAACUACUGCGAGUGUGAGGGCCUGCUUUCUUUAAGAGGGGGUGGACUUUCAGAGAUUAGCCACUACCAACAUACUCCCCAUCACACUGGACUGAAAAACAAAAUGGCAUCAUCAUAGGGCAGUGGUGAGGAUAAAUAAAGACAAUCUUGAGCGGUGAUGAAUUGACAAUAAGAUGAGGAUGAGGCUAUUGUGCUGAGGUGAAAAAGUCACUGUCCUUGCUCAUUGGGUGAUGAUGAUGAUGAAUACCAGUCACAUUUUUGAGAGUUCUGUGUACAGUCAUUACAGGAAUAAAGGGAUUACAGAUGGGAA